AUGAACGUACUAGAUUAUGAUGUGUGUGCGUUUUCCAUGGACGGUAAAUAUGUGGCAGCUGCUGUUUCUAAUCGUUUUAUCAUCAAAAAGAGCUCGUUCGCCGGAAUAUAUAUUACAGCAUUGGCCGAUCAUGCUGUUAAUUAUUUACAGUGGAAUAGUACGUCUGAUUUUAUACUGUGUGGUCAAUUCGGGAAAAGUGUAUUGCAAGUGUAUGAUUUAUGCUCUAAAACUUGGACAAGCUCAUUUAAAUGUGGCUACUUUAAAUUUAUCGCUGUUGAAUGGAUAGGCCGUAUGAAAAUUUUGUUGACACUCGAGUUCCAUAUGGCUUUAGCUAUAUUUGAUAUAUUAAAAAAUUCAAUUGUGUAUGUUGAAGUUCCAAAGCCCAUUUGGCCUUGUGUAGUAUUUGAUAAUGAUGGUAUACAUAUGUUUGUAGUUUCCAAGAUUAAUGGUUAUGAAAAAAUAUUAAAGAUGCAUUCACAUAAUGUAGAUAGGAUAAUUUAUGUUCAAGAUAUUAUAGGAUCAUGUAAUGGAUUACAUAAAUCUCCAGAUAAUCAGUAUCUCUGUGUUUUUAAUGAAAAAAAAUUGGCAGUUCUCAAUUUUCUUUCUGGCAAUGUUAUUGGAUUAAUUGAAUUUAGUAUAUUACUUAACACAGUAACUUGGGCACCUAAUGGUGAAUAUUUAGCAUUAGGCUGUUAUUUGGGUAAUAUAUUUAUUUUAGAAUCUUCUAACGAGUUUAAUGUACUGCAUAAAUUAUGUCAUUCAAGAAAAGAAAAUUAUGAUUUUUUCAUAGAAUCCGAUAGAGUAUUAAUUAAAACAAAACCUUCAACCAAUUUUAUCAACAAUAUUCCUAAAAAAAUUGCUUCUAUAGCAUGGAGUUUUGAUUGUACUUAUUUAAGUACAUUCGAAAUAAAUUCAGCAUAUCUUUUUAUUUGGAAAAAAUAUAAAUUGAUAUGUGUAGUAGAAUUCUCUAAAGAAAUAAAAGAAAUGCAAUGGUGUCAAUCAAAAAAUAAACUUUCCGUAGUUUAUGAUACGGAUUUAAUAUUUUUUUGGACUGAAAAACAAAUUCCUAAAUUGCAGACAUCGCCAAAACUCACUGAUGGAACAUGUUUGUUAGUCUCUAGUAUAUCAUGGUCUUUUAAUAAUAAAGAUAUGAUCUUAAGUGAUGGAAAAAAAUGUUUAUUAUUUACUACUUAA